GGUUGUGAGAGAGAGAGAAGAGAAGAGAAGAGAAGAAGCAGAAGAAAAUUGAUCAAUGGCUGGGUCCAGUGGCGGGACGGGUUCUUCGUCUCCUCUUCCUCCCAAAAUCCUUUUAGCAAAACCCGGAUUAGUUACCGGAGCUCCUGUAUCGGCUAAGUUCGGCCGCACCGGCGGUGGCGGGGAGGACGAUACGACGUCGCUUCGGUCCCGUCUACCUUCAGUCGGAUCCCUCAACCUUCUAUCAGAUUCCUGGGACUUCCACAUCGACCGCUUCCUUCCCUUCUUGACUGAGAACACCGAGUUUACGGUGGUGGGGGUGAUUGGUCCUCCUGGAGUGGGCAAGUCCAUGAUUAUGAACGAGCUUUAUGGGUUUGACGCCACCUCUCCUGGAAUGCUGCCGCCAUAUACAAUACAGUCAGAGGAUGUGACAGCAAUGGCGAGGCACUGUAGUAUGGGCAUUGAACCCAGAGUUUCUGCUGAACGCAUUAUUCUUCUCGAUACCCAGCCUGUUUUCAGUCCUUCUGUUCUAGCAGAGAUGAUGAGGCCUGAUGGGUCAUCCUCUGUUCCAGUUCUAAGUGGUGAAUCUUUAUCCGCUGAGUUAGCUCAUGAAAUUAUGAGCAUUCAGCUUGCUGUUCUUAUGACUUCCAUUUGCCACACUUUGUUGGUUGUAUCCGAAGGAGUUCAUGAUCACAACAUGUGGCGUUUGAUGUCCACGGUUGACCUACUGAAACAUGGCAUACCUGAUCCGUCUUCCCUAACCCCUGCUCCUACUCAGAGCUCUACUUCAGGGCCUGAAACGGAAGGUAAAGAUAAGGUUCACGAAGGGGGAGACUACAUGGCUGCUCCAAUUUUUGUGCAUACAAAACUGCAAGAUCAAGAUCUUACUGAACGUAAUUGCAUGCAACUGAAGAAGACAAUUACACAUUAUUUUAGCUCUUCGUCUUUCAUGAGAGAAACACUUGGAAACAUUGCCAAAGAUGAUUCCUUUUCCUCUUCAGCUCUUAGCACUCGAAAUGGAGAUCCAGAUUCAACGAUCCCGAAGUUGUUCGUAAUCCCAGUUAAGCAUAAAGAUGACUCUCAUGCAAAUCAGUAUGAAAGUCAUAACUCUAUGCUAUGGAAGUUGCGGGAUAAGGUUUUAUCAAUGAGUCAUCCUUCCUUUUCAAAGACUGUGAGUGAACGUGAGUGGUUGAAAAAUUCUGCCAAGAUAUGGGAGUUGGUGAAGAACUCUACAAUCAUUGCAGACUAUAGCAAAACACUUCAAAGUUCUGGUUUGUUUAGAAGGUAGGCUGAGUUUUUGUAUGGCUGCCUCUCUCAAAAAUUAAGAUUAUAAUGAGAUUUGACUGACUACUUUUUUAGGGUAUUAAAUAUCAUAUGUAACAAUGCAUUAGUUUUGUAAUCCCUUGAAUGGUUGAAUGGUUUUACUUUUAUUC